AUGCAAUUGACUGAGUUUUUGGAAUCAGGGAAUAUUAAAGUAAACGAUUUUGAUGCUUUAAUCUGUAGUAGUGGUUGUGAAGUGUAUUACCAUGAAGACGGUGAAAAGCCUUGUCCGGAUCCAGAUUAUGCAUCACAUAUUGAUUAUCGUUGGGGUUCAGAUGGUUUGAAGAAGACCAUUUGGAAACUAAUGAAUACGUCAGUAAAUGAUGUCAAAUCUGGUGCUGUUAUUGAAGAAGAUGCCAAAUCUAGCAAUUGUCAUUGCCUGUCCUAUUUAAUAAAGGAUUCUAAUAAGGUAAAUAUAGUGCAUCUUUGGUACUUUUUGGUCCGGUGGCGGUUGAACUUAGCGAAUAUGUACGUGAUACUUGGUAAAACUGGAGACACAGAUUACGAAGAAUUGAUUGCUGGGACCUAUAAAACCAUUAUUCUGAAAGAGGUUGUGGAGAAAGGUUCCGAGGAGUUGCUCAGAACAGCAGGAAGCUACCUGAGAGACGAUAUAGUUCCAAAAGACAGUCCUCUUAUCGCUUAUGUGAGUGGAGAGGCAAUAGCAGAAGAGAUUGCUAACACAUUAAAGCAGGUAUCCUCAUCAGGAAUGUGA